GGGAAGCACGCGUACCACAACAAACCCAGCUUCAUCUCGCUUGCAUCUCUUUGGCGUUUUAUGAGCGUAUGAUCAUGGCAGAGGACUACGAGGAAUCUGAUUUCUCCUUAUCAUGGACUGAUCACCUGCAAGUUCUCCAGAGAGUGAUUACAGCUCUGCGUUAUAAGGAACAGUUUGCAGAUGUGACCUUAGUUUGCAACAAGAAGCACUAUCCAGCUCACAAGUUUGUCCUGGCCAUGUGCAGCUCAUACUUUGAAGAGCUUUUUGAGCACACCCCCGCCAAACAUCCCAUUAUUGUUCUUGCUGGUAUCCCUUCUGAGGCACUAGAGAAGUUGCUUGAUUUCAUGUAUCUCGGCCAGGCGGAAGUGCAUGGCAAGGACUUUGACCGGCUACUAGAAGUUGCACAAGAACUGAGGAUCAGGGGCCUCAUGAAUACAAGUGACCACCCUGAAAGCCAAGUACAAGUGGAGAACCAGACGGUACUUCAAAGCAUCAAACAAGAAGUAGUGGAGCCUGUGAGUUUAGCAGAAUUUCCUUUAAAUGGAGAACUGGUUGAGGUUGUUGGAGGAAAAAGGAAAAUUGAAAUGAAAGAACUUGAUCUUAGAGCCGUGAAGAGUGAAAAUGAGGACCAUGUGCUGACCCACACUGUGACAAGCAGUAUGGUAGUGGAAAGUAGUUUUAAUAAUAAUGUUGAAAGCAGAAAGAGGCAGAGUAGCAAUGAGAUUUGUAACACUGCUUUGAAUAAGUGUUCUCAGUGUGAAAAAUGUUUUGAAAGUGAAGAUCUUUUGAAUUAUCACAAGAUUAGCCAUAUAGAAGACAAAUUUUUCACCUGUUCAGAUUGCCCAUACAAGACUUUAAACUAUAAUGAUUACAAGACGCACACCUCGAAACACGCAAAGUCACGACCCUAUGCAUGUCCAUACUGUCCUGAAAAGCAAGUGAACAAAGAACUGCAUAUCAGUCACCAGCAGAAAAUUCAUCCUACCAAGGAAGUUAUCAUCACAAGGACGGAAUCGCUCUUUGAGAAACUAUUAGUGAAGCAGGACCAAGACCCACCCCCCUUGGCUGCAGAGGCGAGGCCCAGUCCAUUCCAGCAACCACCUUCCAAAAUGCCGAGGACAUCACAAUCCCCCACAGGAGAAAAUCUAUCCCAAAGGAGCGCGGAGUGGAGCCCAAAAACCAGUGUGAAACGAAUAGUACUACAAAAGCAGCAGAGAAGGUCAGCUUCGAAAUCCUCCAGGGGCAGGAAGUCUUGAAGGAGGAUUAGAAACAAGAGGUUGCAUCUUCAUAAACAUGUCUUGUAAUAUGUAUGUCGAACUGGAACAGAAUCAGAAAAAUUGGGUGAUAGUUCCUCAGUUUAAGCUUUAAGUUGUUCUAAAGUGUUCAGUAUGGUUUGUAUAAGAAAGUAAAGAGUGAAUUUACUUUAAUCUGUGUCUGAGCAACUGUAUGCAUUUCAGGGGCCUUGACCCAUUGGUUUUUGCAAAUCUCUUCCAAACAAAUAGUCAAAUCAGUAUGGCACUUUAGCAAAGUAUGUUUUACAUCCUGUCCUAUUUUUUGGCACUAUAGGACAUAGCCAAAUGCACUUGAUUAUGGCAUUUACUCUUGCCUUAGAUUACAUAGUAUCCUUCAGUUGAGAAGUCAUUCAAAGUACACUAUGUAAUACGCUAUAGUACAAAAAAAUAGGGUAUGGUGUGAAACACAUCAUGCUAAAGUGUCAUACUGAUCAGGAAGAGCUAUACGAAAAACAAUUGGUCAAGGCAUAGUAGCCCGCCCUUGCGAAAGUAAAGUCAUGUAUUUUAAAGUGUUAAAUCAGAGUUUGAAGUAUUAUUUAAAAACUUUCUAUUGGUUAUCAGUCAUAAAAAAUAAGUGUAACAACAUUCCCAGAUUUAAGGGGACCAGCGGGACAGGCAUGGGCUUCCAUGGUUGAAAUAGAGUUUAGGAAAGUAUCAUGCUUGUGCAAGCAUGAUACCUUAAUUUGUGAAUGAUAGGCCCCAAAUACAUAGAGGUACUACUGGAAAGAUGUUCCAAAUUCUUCACUCAUUUUUGUAUAUAUGUUCAUUCUAAUGGAUUCUGCAGUAUUUUAUCACAGCCAACCCCUUUUUAAUAGAUAUGAAUUGAUUAGAGUAAAUCAAGAUGAUAGAUAACAAAAUAAUAAUAGGAAACCCAAAAGAAAAUUGUUCGGGAAUUUUUGCACACUUGAAAUAUAGUUUGCAUGUGACGUCCUGCAAAUAUAUGUUAGCCUAUACAUGUAUUUACAAAGUAACAAACACAUGGGAGAUUUGAUAAGAUGGCACUCUAUGGCCCAGCUGACUGGCAUUAGCUAGCUCACCUCCAACUUUUGCUUGAUUCUGUUUGAAGGUAUUGUUAUUAUAAUGAGUUAUGUCAAUUAUUGAUCUGUGUUAGUCAUGUUUCAUAUUGCUAAAUCAUUCACAGUGCAUCAAGAUUAGUUUACAUGAAAAAUAUAUUGAAGAACAAAAUGCAUAAGGUGACUUCCAAAUGGGUUAAGUGGUCCCCAAAAAAGUAUCACAGAUAUAUUAUUACCUUUAUUAUGAUCCAUAUCAUCAUUGCUAAACUUUCAAUUAUAUACCAAAUUAUGACAAACUUUUAGUAAUGCUACCUGAGGAACCAAAAAAGCUGGUUUUCUAGAAUGGUUCUCUGCAUUUUAUUUUGUAUGACACACUAAACCACCAGUCUGAUUGCAACAAAUUUCAUUGCAUAUUUAUCAGUUUGAGCUUUCUUUUCAUAUAUUACUUUAGUAUUGUAGAUUAAAAUAAAUAGCAAAAGUAAUAAGUAGAAAUAAAUAAAUUCCAAAUUACUUUUUUCUCAGAGAUCCAAUUCCAUAAUUCUUUUGUCCACUAAAAAACAAACAGACAUUAAAAUGUGACCAAACCUCCUUCUUCUUCUUCUUCUUCUUCUUUUUGCUUUUUAAAGGGAAAUAAUGCCUCACUGGGUAACCAUGUGCAGAAAGACCAUCAGAUGAUAAAUGGCAUCAUCUGGAAGGGGUGACAACUCAAAAACCUAUAGCUCAAAAGAAGUGCAAUUAUAUGAUACACGGCCAAUAAAAAAUAGCUUAACAGUC